AUGGCCGGGUCUGCAACACCACUGACGGCUACGAAGGUGAUGAGGUUCCGUGUUGCUGAGAUGGAGAGGAUGGAGCGAAUGUUGAGCACGUGGAUUGACGACCAGACCCAGAACCUUAAAACACCUUUCGCAACGCAUGAUUCAGUGCAAAUUGACAGUGAUAAUGAGAGUGAGGAGGCUGACGACCUUGUCAUUGAGGAGAGGUUGUCUAGAGCUCCUGUGGGCUGGUGCACUGUUUCCCCACAAGAACAAGAGAAGUGCAAUGCAUUAUCACAGGUCAUCAAGAGAGAUUCCAGCGAAUUCAUACAUACGUUUACCAACCUAGAAUGUGUACAGCGGAGCAACCACGACGAGUGCAUGUUGAUGGUGGACGAUGGCUUAGCAGACCUGGUUGUGCUGGACCCAAAUGAGAUCUUCAUUGCUGGUCGCUACCACUCACUUGUACCCAUCAUGAAGGAGUCCUAUGAAAAUGGCCUCAAAUUCUACUACUCGGUGGCUGUGGUACACAAAGGCAACCUGACGUCAGUGAGAAGUUUAGCAGAUCUGGCCGGCACUGUUGCCUGUUUCCCAUCUGUGGCAUCCAUGGGUGGCUGGGUUAUACCUAUCUCUGAGUUAAUCAGAUCUCAAGCCAUGAAGAUUGUUGACUGUAACAACCACAUCAAAUCAGCAUCUGAAUUUUUCAGUGGUGGUUGUGCUGUAAACAUCCUCUCUGAUAAAUACAAUCCCCUGGGUGACAACAGUCAAGUUCUCUGCAGCGCAUGUGGUAGUGACCUUCCAGGACAACAUUGCACGAGUCAAGAUAUUUAUGCUGGUUAUCAAGGUGCUUUUAACUGUUUGCUGGAUAAGGGCGACAUUGCCUUCAUGAAACAUUCCACGAUCAAGAGAGCAAUUGAGUCAACAGAAUCAUUGCACACAGAAGAUGAAUUUGAGCUCCUAUGUCAAGAUGGUCGUCGGGUGGCCAUGUCUGAUUUUGAAGAGUGUAACUGGGGAACCGUACCAUCCAAUGCCAUUGUCACCACUUCUGCCAAGAGUCCAGAACAGCGGAGUUUACUCCAGGAAUUUCUCAAGCAAAUAACCGCACUGUAUGGGACGAAGCCGGAAGAUCCAAAUGAAUUCUUCCUCUUUGAAUCCUCACCGAAGUAUGGCAACUCCUAUGAUUUGCUGUUGUCGGAUGACACACAGAUGUUGGUGGAGCUGGCCAUCAGCCAACAGAACUUCCAGAAAUAUCUUGUCGGAAACAUCAUGAGCCACAUCGAGACUUUGCAUUCAUGUCCUGUGGCCACCAUGACCCUCUGCGUCACCUCUCGGUCCGAAUACUUAAAGUGCCUCAAGAUGCGGACAGCUUUGCACGCCCAACUUCUUCAACCAAAGAUGGAAUGCCUUAGAGGAGAGUCCAAUUUUGACUGCAUGGCUUCCAUUAAGAGUCGGGAAGCAGAUGUGGCUCUCUUUGAAGCUGGAGACAUCUAUAGUGGAGGUCUGAGGUAUGAGUUGAUCCCUAUAAUGGCUGAGCAGUAUAACCUGGACAACCUCGAGUACUACGUCGUGGCUGUGUCUAAGGAGGAUGAUCCCGACACUGACGUCCUUUAUCUAAAAGGGAAGAUGACUUGCCAUCCUGGUGUGAUGCACGGGGGUGGGUGGGUGGUGCCGAUGGCUUACCUCAUAAACAACAAUCUCAUCCGUCAGUACGACUGUAACUCGGUCAGAGCCGCAUCAGAAUAUUUUCAGAAGUCAUGCGCACCGGGUGCACUCAACAGCUAUUACCGCCACGACAUGACUCGCCUCAACCUGUGUCACCUGUGUCAUGGCACUGGCAGUGGUUAUUGUGCCAGAGACCACAGUGAACCUUACUAUGGCUUUACUGGUGCUUUUAGAUGCCUCGUAGAAGGAGGCGGAGAUGUUGCAUUUGUGAAGCAUACCACCGUACGUGAGAAUGUGGACGGAAAGCGCAAGGAGUGGUGGGCUCGUAACCAGCUAACCUCGGACUACCAACUUGUGUGUCGAGAUGGUACUCGGGCUCCUGUGACAGACUAUGAGGACUGUAAUCUAGGCACAGUUCGUUCUAACGCUGUGGUGACACGCGGUGGCUCUCUCUACAACAAAACUGAGGUGGAUACUUUCACUAACCUCUUCCAGUACGCCCAGCAACAUUUUGGCCGUGAUUCUGACGACGAGUGGAACUUCAAGAUGUUUCAUUCAGAUGAACCAUUUGCUGAUCUCAUAUUCCAGGAUGCCACACAACAGCUGGUGCCACUGCCUGAAGAGGAACAACACUAUCAUCCAUAUUUAGGCUUAGAGUUUCUGAAUGCUCGGUACGAAGUGGACUGCACCGCUAACUCCGCUUCACUACAAAUCUCAUAUCUGUUGCUGUGUCUAACUCUGAUGAUGAAUGUUGUACAGUGAAACAUUAUUGUAAAUUCCCAAAAUAUUGUAGAAAUCUUCAAUAAUCAUCUGAAAUACUUUUUUUAGAUGGUUAAUUUUGUAAUCAAAUGCCUCAAUGACAGAUCUAAGGAUUGAACAAAGGUUCUGUGGUACAUAAAUGUAUUCCUGGAAUUUGGAAAUGCCUGCAGCUUUUUAUCAUUUUGAUAUUCUGUACUGUACCAGUACUGUAAAGAAUCUUGAGUAUUAACUCCUCUGAAUCAACUAUUGCAGAAAAGAACAAUGGUUGAGGAUGGUUUUCCAGCCAGCAUAGUGUCUCCAAAUUCUGGGAGUCUGGAUCAUGUAAACCUAACAUUAUUCUUUUGCCCAGGUGUAUUACCUAAAAUUGGAAAGUAAUUAUAUAAUGUACAGUAUUAUAAGUACUUUUGUAUAGAUUACAGUACUGUUAUGAUAUUGUACAAUACAGUAUAGUCUCGAUUUACGCGGUCAAUUAAACCAGUGGAGGUCUGCGUAAAACGAGGAACGCGUAAACGAAAUAAGAGAACAUAAGGGGUUAAUUGAAAUAGAGACUGGGCCGACCCCCAAACUACACUUUUCCGACACAAUACGUAUGUUGUAGUAAAAAUAACAUCUUAAUUUUAUGUUGGUAUGCACCCACAAUUAAUAUUUUAGAGAAAUACUGUAUCAAUAAUAUUAGGUUUUUUAACACUUACGUUAGUAGAAGAGAUGGCUGGGUACACGGGGAUGGGGGGUUGGUUCUGAGGCAGAGAGCAGAUUAUUGGCCCUCACCUGUAUCAC